AUGCCAAGGAGAUCAAACAAGCGCGUCAAAUACAGCCUUUUUAGUGAAAAUUCAGCGAACGUCGAGUCAACGGCGAAGCCCAACGCCAAACAAACCUCGAAGAUUCUAGAGUUCCCAUACGAGCUGAUCCUUGAGAUCCUCUCCUACUUUGAGGCGCUCCCAGUUCCUUUCACCCCGGACGAUGCGCGAAUGAACAGCUUCAGCACACAUCUACCGGAGAGCACCUUAGAGCGCUCGGAUACUCUGCGUGCGCUAUCCCAAACCUGCCGCAUGUGGCGCAAUGUUUUCUUGCCGAUGGUCUGGCAGAACCUCGAAGUAUCUGCGACGCACUCACAGUCCGCCGCUUGGUAUAAGGUCUUCGGGGAGGCACUUAUCAGGAAGUCCAAGCUCGUUUGUGAUAAUCCCGAUAUCGCAUCGCUUGUUAGGAGCUAUACAGUCAUUAUUUCACGCUACUCGCCAUUCACCGUCCUUCCCGCAUUUGUACAAACUAUCGAAGCUCUACCGAACUGCCAUACCCUCCAAAUUCUACGCGCGCAUCAUAAGAUGUCCACCAUGUUCAAAGGCGCCUUCGAAGGGCGUUCCUUUCCCCAAAUUCGAACUGUUGUCCUACCAUCUCAGGCGCAUCACGUCCUGCGCUGUUGUCCCGAGGCGCGCAGGGUGAUUUGCAACAGUUACGAUCAUGGUAGCCAGCUCGUUAGUGCCAUUGCCAAGAACUGCAAGAAGGUCGAGGUGAUCGAAGGCUUGCAUUGGUGGCACGGGGACAACACCAUCGAACGCAUUCCUCGAGCGAUGCCAAAACUCCGAAUUAUCAAAUUUAGUUCACUUGUACACCCAGACGUCCUCAAACCCCUCGCCAAGCUAACGAAGUUGGAAACGAUCGUGUUCCCCACAACCGCUCAAGACUUCGACACUCUCAUCCAGUCUCAUGAUCACCGCCAAGAGCUUGCCUUCAUCAAAAGUGCGAAAGAGCUCUCGCGGAACUCGAAAGCCACCGGUCGCAAGACCAUCGUCGUUCGAUACACUCAAUGGCGUCCAACUGCGAACAGCUACGUGUCGUGGUCCAAAGUCAUCGAACUCAACGAUAAGUCUCUGGAGUUGCCCACCUCCAGUCGUACGCUCCACGUCUCCUAA